AUGCGGCCAUACAUGACUGCAAAGGCUCGGGUGCACAGGCACAGGUGCUACCCCCUGCCAGAAGCAAGGGCCUGGAAGAGAAUCUUCUGGCGGCAGAUCCUACUUGCACUUGGCCUCUUAGGCCUGUUUCUGUAUGGCCUCCCUAAAUUCAGGCAUCUGGAAGCCCUCAUCCCCAUGGGUGUCUGCCCUUCCGCCACAAUGUCCCUGCUGAGAGACAACUUCACAGGUGCCCUGCGUCCCUGGUCCCGGCCUGAAGUUCUGACCUGUACCCCCUGGGGGGCUCCCAUUAUUUGGGAUGGCAUUUUCGACCCAGAUGUGGCCAAGCAAGAGGCUACACAGCAGAACCUCACCAUUGGGCUGACUGUCUUUGCUGUAGGCAGGUACCUGGAGAAGUACCUGGAGCGCUUCCUGGAGACGGCGGAGCAGCACUUCAUGGCGGGCCAGAGCGUGGUGUACUACGUGUUCACCGAGCGGCCCGGAGCGGUGCCCCGCGUGGCGCUGGGCCCGGGACGGCGGCUGCGCGUGGAGCUCGUGGUGCGCGAGCAGCGCUGGCAGGACGUGUCUAUGGCGCGCAUGCGCACGUUGCACGCGGCGCUGGGCGGGCGGCUGGGCCGCGAGGCGCACUUCGUGUUCUGCAUGGACGUGGACCAGCACUUUAGCAGCACCUUUGGGCCCGAGGCGCUGGCCGAGUCGGUGGCGCAGCUGCACUCCUGGCACUACCACUGGCCGCGGUGGCUGCUGCCCUUCGAGCGCGACGCGCAUUCGGCCGCCGCGAUGGCGCGGGGCGAGGGCGACUUCUACUACCACGCGGCGGUGUUCGGCGGCAGCGUGGCGGCGCUGCGCGACCUGACGGCGCACUGUGCGCGGGGCCUGGCCUGGGACCGCGCGCGCGGCCUGGAGGCGCGCUGGCACGACGAGAGCCACCUCAACAAGUUCUUCUGGCUGCACAAGCCCGCCAAGGUGCUGUCGCCCGAGUUCUGCUGGAGCCCGGACCUCGGCCGGCGGGCCGAGAUCCGCCGCCCACGACUGCUCUGGGCGCCCAAGGAGUACCGGCUGCUGCGGGACUAGAGCCGCCGCCGCCGGCUCCUGGCCCUCCGACUCCUCCGCGGGCCCAGCCCGCCCGGCCCAGCUCCCGCUCCGGGCGUCUUUGGCCUGGGGAGGGUAUGGAGUGGGAGUCACGAGAGGAAGAGAUCCUGAAACCGGGCAGGGCCCUUCUGGACGCUGAUGGCGCUCUGGAGGGCAGAGAGAUACUGGAUGCAAAAGCCCUACCCGCUUCGUGUGUGCCCGUCCGUGGGAGUGGGAGUAGGAGGAGGAGCUCCUCGGUUCAAGAGAAAAAUCCCCUUCCCUUAGCUUAGCAGUGAGCAAGGCACAACUGCAGUAAUGCCUCGAGCGAUCAGCCUGUAGACCUUUCACCCCUGAGCCUGCAGAAUGCAGCUGGUGCCUCUGGAGAUGUUUUAGUCCCAUCUGCACCCCCAC